AUCAUUUGGCUUUUAUCAAUCGUAAUAAAUGGGUGCCGUGUGCGCGUAGACGGACGGAAACGAAAUGUGCGCGGGUAUAUAAAUACUUGAAGUGCAUGUUACAUACAAAAAUUGGUGAAAGAGUGAUCAAAACAAAAAUAGAACAGCUCAACUGAUAGUGUGGCAUGAAGGCGUAUGCAAUGCGAAAAUUAUCGCAUAUAAAGUGCAGGCAAAUGCAAUAAAAUGCGCUGAAGACGCGGUAUAGUGGAAAUGUCUACAUUUCCGGUGAUAAAUAUUUAAUGACAUACAUAAAUUCAUAAAUUCAAUGAGUGCACAAGUGUAUAAUGCAAAAAAUAUAAGUAUAAAACACUCAAUUAAAACACGGUGAAAAGAAACGCGGUAAAAAGAAAAAAAAAAAAGCGACAGGAACUAGCAUAUCCUGCAGAAUAACUUAUCAAGCAAUAGAGUUGUAAAAGGAAAUACCAAAACGAAAAUAAAACACAACAACCAAACAAACACUUAAACCAAAAAAGUUAUAAAACAAACAAAUGCAUUACCUGCAAUUUUGCCUGACGCUCACCACAAUCGUGUUGCUAACGCUACUACACUUGUCCGCACAGGCUGCCGACAAUGGCAACGAUAACAGCAAUGUUGGUAGCGCGAGCGUUGAGGAUAUGGUGGAUAAAUACACGACGGCGCAGGCGCGUGAAAUGCUUAGUCGUUUGCGGCAGAGCAGCGCAGAUGCCGACGCCGACGCAGUGUUCAUGGAUUCGUUAGAGAAAAGAAUGUGGCAACAAUUGGUUUUGAGGAAACAGCAACACCAACACCAACGCCAACAGCAACAACGUGUACGGCGACAACAGCAGCAGCAACAUCAACGGCAACAUCGUCGCCGUCAGCGGCAAAAUAAAAAAUCACGCAACUCCAACUCAUCUGAUGAUAUUAUUGAUGUUGUUGUUGAUGGCGAUAGCGUUGAAGUAGUUACUGCGCCGUUCGCCAAUACAGCUGAGGAGUGGGACGACGACGUGUCUUCAUCGGCGACAUCGCUGGAUGACAACCAAGACGAUAAGGUGCCCUACGACAUUUACACUUGUUGCAGCGAAGUAUUUGGCUCAUGUCGUACAUCAUGCGAAAAUCUUUCUCUGGUGCAAUUGGCCUCCACAGACAAUGCGAAUGGUCGUAGCCUGCGCUUGGAGUUGAAGAAAUAUUGUCCCUCAAUGCAAACCAGCUUUUGGAGUUGCAUGAAUCUCACAUUAGAAGCCGUUGCACGUGGCGCUGAGUGGUCGGGUCGACGUUGUUGCGCCUUGGGCUUGUCACCACGCUGCCGCAAUGCCUGCGCCACAUCAGAGUCCACAACGGAACCACAACUAAUCAGCGCGUGCCGCAAAAGUGAUGAGCAACACAUGUUCGCUUGUUUUGAACAUCAGGAGACCGGCGAUCGUUGCUGUAGUACGGCGCGCACAUCGGAGUGCUUACAGGCCUGCCGCGAUGUCUUUGAAUCGCAGAAGACAUACCGGCGCAACAAGCACCAUCGUUUGCACGAGCUGUGCCACGAGAAACGCGAUGCUGACGUGCUGCAAUGUAUCAACAACAUAACAGGCAUGACGCCGGUGACAAACUCCCACAAAUAUUUACCUUGCUGUGAGUUCUCCAAAGUGGAUAGCUGUCGUAGCGCCUGCCGAUCGGUGUUGAAUAGCACCGAAAGCAUUGAUAUCGUCAUCGGCGAAUUGGAGGUUAGUGGUUGUGGCAUAUUGCUGCCACACAUACCGUUAUGGCAGUGUUUCUUGACAGCCGAACGCACUAUAUUCGUGCCGGCUACGAAGAGCACAAACGAAUUGUCACAGAUCAAUCAGAUUGGCAUUGAUUCGGCCAAGCUGCAUUGCUGUGAGAAGGCGAAAUUUCCCAAAUGUCGGCGUCUUUGCAUGCAGACUUACUCGAAUGAUUGGACUGCAACGCGCGCGUAUUUCGAGGAGUCGUGCCUGCUGGACCGCAAUGAACUGAAGCUACGACAGUGCAUGGACGAAGUGGACGAACCCUGCGAACUGGGCUGUGAUGGUCUGAGUUUCUGCACCAAUUUCAAUAAUCGUCCCACAGAACUGUUUCGCAGUUGUAAUGCCGCUGCGGAUUUGGCUGCGCGUUCGGAUUUGAAAAUGUGGCAACAAAAUGGCUCUGUCAUCUUGGAUGGCUUGGAGCUGCCUAUUAAGAAUAUGACACGUUGUGCACCGGAACAGUGGAAGGCCAUCGCUUGCGCCUUGCAAAUUAAGCCCUGCACGCGUGAUCGUCACUACAAUCAUAUUUGCAGAGAGGAUUGCUAUGAGAUUUUGAGCGAGUGCAUGGAUUGGACGCGCAUGCGCUUGGCGCUCAAUGCUGAUUCGGUGUGUGCGCGCCUAUCACCAAACGAAGAUGUGCCUUGCGUCUCGUUGCGUCCGUAUCGUGAAGAAAGUGAUGUACCGAAGGAAACUGGUGGCUAUCAUGGCUUAACGGCGCCUUGUAAAGGACAUCCAUGUAACGCCAGUGCGGCUUGUUUAGCACGCCGCAAUGAGAGCAACACGUAUGAGUGUGUACCUGGUUGUAGACUCGGUGAGGCGUCUAACUAUUUGGUGCCAUUUGGCGCUUAUGUGCGUAUACCGGUGUUGCAAGCGGAAAAGCCGGCUAAGAUUGUUGGCGAUGCUGCUACGGGCGCUUUUAAGGUGUGUCGCUGUGGUGCGCAGGAACGCAUCGAACACUGUCAACCCUUGCCGAGUUUCACUUAUGCGCGGUGCCUGCUGCCAGGUGGUCGUAGCUAUGAGCACGGCAAAUCCUUUUAUUUGGAGUGUAACUUGUGUAGCUGCUUCGCCGGUGAGAUUACUUGCACCAAGAAGCAGUGUCGUUUAGCAAGUUAUUUGGAUCCAUCGUACACCAGUCUGCCCUGUAAUUGUCCGACACAUUUUGUGCCCGUUUGUGGCAGUAACGGCAAUACCUAUCACUCCGCCUGUAUUGCCAAAUGUCUCGGCAUGCAGGACAAUGAGAUACAGUAUGGCGCUUGCGCCACAUUAAAUCCAUGUCUGGAAGGUGCAUUCAGCUGUCCAGCUGGUCAUCAGUGCUUAGAGCAACGGAAAAUCUGCUUAUCAUCGAUGCAUCGUCCCUGUCUGCAGUACCAGUGUGUCAAUGUCACUGCCGGCUGCGCGUCCGCCGAACCGCGUCCGGUAUGCGAUAAGCAGCGCCGCACACAUGAUAGCGCCUGCGAUUUACUUACGGCGCAUGCAACGCUGGCGCACUGGGGCGCUUGCUUUCGCAGCUGUUCCAUGCAGGGACCGGUAUGCGGCAUCAAUGGCGUUACAUAUACACACGAGUGCGCCGCUUGGGCCGAUUACAUUGUUAUCGAUUAUCGUGGUCGUUGCCGUCAAGUUGGUCUGCUUGUCGCUGAUAUGGGACCACGUUGCAACAGCGUUCGAUGUCCACAUCUGCAAUCCCCACAUUGCCGGCGUGUUGUGCCACCCGGCGCCUGUUGCGCCAUUUGUGCGGGCGCUUUCCGUAUUGUCUACUCACGCAAGCAGAUCGAUCGCGCGUUAUAUGCGGUGCGCGCUCAGAAUAAGGAUCUGCUAACAUUGCAUAGCGUGUUGCAAGCAUUGGAUGCGCUUGUGCAGUUCUCCGAAUGCCAGCUGACGGGCUUUCUCACUAUGGAGGUGGGUAUAUUUGUAGCGCUCGUGCCGCGCGCCACCACACCGAUGCGCAUGCAAGUCGAAGCGUGCGCGCGUGAAGCCGAACGCAUCUCGUUGAUGAUCGAAUCACAAUCGCAUGAGAUCACGACGAAUUUGCUACUCUCCGGUUUGAUCGUUUCGCAUCUGGUGGAACCGAGCACAGAUGGCGGUGGUGGACGCUUACUGCUUAUGCCUAGUUUAGCAAUUAUUGCUUCGCUGACAGUGUGGACACUGCAGAGUAGGCGCGUUUUAUAGUUAUAGCAUUUAAGUUGUUAUUUGCUGUGGGUUAAGUGGAAGGUGAAAAAAUGUUUUUGUAAAUCUGCUGAGUGAAUUCUUAGUGCCAAUUUAGUAGUUAGCUAAUGUUAGUUUUUUUCGCAUGUGUUAAGCAAUAAUAAGCCAAAAUGUAAAUGCUUAGUAGUAAUUUAUUUAUGUGUAUCGUUAUAGUCUAAGAAAAAUAUUAGAAUUGCACUUUGGCUGAAAAUUAAAUUGUAGUGUAUGUUAUGAAAAUACUUUUGUGUUAGAAAAAUACUUUCGAAAAGUGUUGUUAAAGCUGUCUCUCGCGAUUUUUAAUAUAGAUGUAGAAACGUGCAUACAUACAUAUGCGGUUUAGAUCUUAUAACCGACUUAUUGUUUGGUAAGUCACUUUUUUUUUAUUUGCAUUACUUUUCGUGGUCACUGUGCCAUAAAUGAAAAAAGACAUCUAAAUUUUAAACUUUACGCUUAAAUAUUAGAUGUUAAUUAAUAUACAGUUAUAAACCAAAAUAUUAAAUGAAAGAAGAAGAAUUAAAAAUAAAUUCAAACAUAAAUAAAAUAAAAUAAUUCCUAUGAAGUGAAGAUAAAUUAAUUUAAAUUAAAUAAACUGAAGAAAUAAAAAUAAGACGCAAAGAAUAAAAAUUAAAAUUAAAAGAUAUUCAUUAAAAGAUUGAUCUAUUCAUGUAAUAAAAAUUAAAAAUAUAACAAACAAAAUAAAUACAUGUAAUACAUUUCUCGUAAAUAUGACAGGAAAAAAUAUAAAAAGUAAUUUAAAAUAAAUUCUAAAAAACUUAAUUUGACAAAUGAGAAUGAAACAAAAUGCAAUGAAAAAAUAUAUAAAAAUAAAAAAGUUAUAAAAUUAAAAAAAAAAACUGAUGAAAAAAUUAUUAAAAAUAUAAUAAUGGUAUUACCAUUAAAUAAAUAGCAGUACUAAAAACAAAAUAAAAUAUAACAAGCAAAAUAUAAUUAUACAUUUUUAAUGAAUAUGAUAAUAAAAAAAUAUUAUAUAUAUUAUAUAAUAAUUUGGCAAAAGAAUAUAAAAUAAAUUUCGUUGAAAAGAUUUAUAAAAUUAUUUAAUAAAAAAAUCAAUAAUAAAAUCAAUUUUGAUGAACAAAUUUUUUUAUUUAUUAAUAAAUAACACUAAAACCAAAAAAUACAAUUGUAUAAUAAAACUAAGACUUUAAAAUAAAAAUUAUUAAAUACAAUUCAAAUUAAAAUGAAAAAAAAGCUUGUGUCAUAUAUAAAAAAAUAAAAAUAAAUUGGUAUUUUUGAUUUAUUAAAAAACGCAACAAAAUAAUAAUUUAUUAACAAAAAUAAAUCUAUACGUAUAUAUCAAUAACAGCAUAAAUGUCAUAACAAGAUUAUAACAUAAAAUCAAAAAGAAAAGAUAAUAUCUAAUUAAACAAGAAAAACGUAAACAAAUAAAUUUGAUAAAAUAAACUGAAAAAUAUAUAAAAAAUAUUAAUUAUUUUUUUAUAAAUGAAUGAAAAUAAACUACAGGGUAGAAUAAAAAAG